AUGACCGUCGAUAACAUCCAAAUAACACCCGAAGAAAGACGCAGAGUUGUUCGGAAGCUGGAUUUACAUCUCCUUCCCUUAUGCUUCAUUCUAUACACUUUCUCUGUUCUUGACAGAUCAAAUCUCGGAAACGCAAAGCUCGCCGGACUUGCUGAAGACAUAAAUAUUUCAGGGGACAAAUACACAUGGCUGGCCAAUUUGUUUUACAUCGCCUACAUAAUCUUCCAGUUUAGCAACCUUGGAUGGAAGAUCUUCAAACCCCACAAGUGGGUCACAUUUGUGGUUCUGUACUGGGGUAUCGUCAGUACACUGCAAGCAGUCUGUACAAGCUGGCAGGGACUCAUGGCUUGUCGUUUCUUUCUGGGCUGGGCGGAGACUAUGUUUGGGCCUGGAAUACCGUUGUACUUCUCAUUUUUCUAUCCGCCAGAGUAUCUGGGUUUGCGGUUUGGCAUCUUCUUGUCUGGUUCGGCGUUGGCCAAUGCAUAUGGAGGAGCGUUGGCUUAUGCGUUGUCACACAUUCACUCCAGUGUUGCAAAUUGGAAAUUCUUGUUCAUUAUUGAGGGCGUGCCAACCGUGCUGUUAGCUGUGGCAACGUGGUUUUUCCUCCCGGACUCUCCAGAAAAAGCUCGUUUUCUGAACGAGAGAGAGCGACUGGUCGCAGAAGCUUUUGCUCAAAAUCAACCUGGUGAUUUUGAGCAUGAGGGUCUGCAAGUCUCGCAGCUUAUGGAUGCUUUCAAAGACUAUCGUAACUACUUCUUCGCUCUUUUGAAUUUUAGCUGCAACGUCAGUUUUGCUUCCCUCCCUCUGUUCCUACCUACUAUCAUCUCGGAGCUUGGAACAUUUUCUCAACUCGAAUCGAAUGGCCUGUCUGCACCUCCAUAUCUACUCUGCUUCUUUGUCAUUAUUGCCACAGCAAUUGUGUCAGACCGUGUGAGAUUACGAGGGCCUUUUGCUAGUUUCUUCGCCCUACUUGCCGCAAUUGGUUUCAUCAUUCUAGGCACAGCCACUUCCGUGACAGCACGAUACGUCGGCAUCUUCCUCACAGUCAACAUUUUCGUCACGACAACCAUCAUUCUCAUCUGGAACUCCAACAUCAACGCUACAGGCUCGAAGCGUGCGGGAGGAUUGUGGAUUAUGAUGACUGUUGGUCAGUGUGGAACACUGCUGGGAACGAAUAUAUUCCCCUCUAGCGAAAGGCCAUUUUACAGGAAAGGGAUGUGGAUCGCGUGUUCUUUUUCUCUUCUUGCCGCUGUAGCCAGUGCGGUGUUGAGCACGUUGCUGUUCUUGGAGAACAGGAGGAGAGAUAGGAAAUACGGGCGGCUUGGCAUCGCACGCCGGCUGAAAUUUGGAAAAUGCUAG